AUGCACAAGGUUGAAAAGGAACUAAAAGAAACCUCGAAACAGGUAGAAAAUUUCGAAAAAAGAAAAAUGGAUUCUAAAGCUGAAGAAAAUAAGCUGCUGGCAAACAUUACUGAGAAAAAGAAAGAAAUUGAAAUUUCAAAUAGACUGAAUGAAAUAUUUCUGGCGUACGAUAAAGAGUUCCUUACGUUAAAAGAUGCAAAUGAUGAUGGUGGUAUUGCUCAACUCAUGCAGAAAGUUGCUGAUGAUUUUUGCUACAGUAAGACAGAGAAUGCCAUUAAAGAAAUGCAGCAGGAAAUUGAUGCACUGAAAAAAGCUUUGGAAUUGGAAAAAGAAAAAGAAAAAGUUUACCAAACUGAAUUGAGAAAGAUGAAACUAGAAGAAGAAAAAUUACAAAGCUCGUGUUCAAAAUGGAAAAGCGACAUUGAAAGAGUCAUUUCCGAUAGAAAGAUGCUUGAAAAGUUGGUCGAGGAAAAAGAAAAAGAAUGUGCAAAAACAAAAGAUGAGGAAGAAGCCAGAAUGAAGGAAGAUAUGAAAAAAGAACAAGAGUCGAAGGAGUUGGAAGUUCUGAAAUCUACUUACAUGAAAGAUAUUGAAGAUUUAAAAAAUGAAAUUAAAGAAAUGGGUGUUCAACACAGACAGAAAAUUGCUGCCAUUGAAAAAAGAACGCAUGAAUAUUGGCAAUCAUGUCUAAAAAAUGAAAAAGAAAUUGCUCAGAGUAAAGCUGACAUAACUUACUACAAAACUAAAAUUUCAGAGAUGGGAAAAAAGAUAGAUGAAGCGAGGUCAGCUGACCAAUUGAGCGCUGGAUCCCCUGUUCUUGUGAGGCCCACAUUCCAACCUGAACCACCACGAUUUCCUCCAAUGAUGCCACCACAUCUGUCAAGGUUGCCUCCACCUUUCCUUCCACCUCCUCCGCAUUUGCUGUUCGCACCAAGAGGGCCUAAUCAUCCGUUCGAUAGUUCAUUUGAGUGACAAAAUCAGAAUCAAGAGCAAAGGCAACCGCUAAGAAGUAGCAAAGAACGAUAUAAACAAUAAAGAUGAUGAUGGAAUUGAUUUGAAUAAUGAAAUCUCACGGAGUUUAAUCUUCUAGUUGGUUAUUCAUUAACAAUAAAGUUCACGAACGCAAAA